UUUCGAUUGGCUCCUCGCGCGCGACGUCAUCGGCCGCGUCGUUUUUCCGGUUUUCGCCGCCUUUCCGCUUCCUUUCUGCCUGCACGAGCCCGCUAGCGAACACGCGAGACUCCCUCUCUCCGCAAAGAUGCGUUACGUAGCUGCGUACCUGCUCGCUUCCCUCGCGAGCAAAAACAGCCCCAGCGCCGAUGACAUCAAGAAGAUCCUGGACAGCGUCGGCAUCGAGGCCGAUGAUACCCGGAUGAGCAAGGUUGUGUCCGAGCUCAGCGGGAAGAAUCUGGAGGAAGUGAUUGCCCAAGGGUUCAGUAAGCUGGCCAGCGUGCCGUCCGGAGGUGCUGUAGCUGCUUCCAGCGCCGCGGCCCCGUCCGCCGGGGGAUCUGCUGCCGCCCCUGCAGCGGAGGAGAAGAAAGAAGAGAAGAAAGAGGAGUCUGAGGAAUCCGAAGAUGACAUGGGAUUCGGACUCUUCGACUAAUCUGUCUCCCCGGGACCAAAAUAAAAUUUAUUACAAAAUCA